GGGAAGUCGCUGUCCCUACUUUCAGCUGAAGCCCGCGCCUCGGUGCAUGCGCCCACUUGCCCUCCGCUCCGUCCUGCAGCCACCUACUGUCCUCUUGCCUCCCACCAUGGCUCUGCUGUACUCCGGCCGCGUUCUCUCCGGGAUCACCAAUGCCUUCCACCCAGUCAUAGCCGCCGCAGCCUCUGCCAGAGCCAGCUCCUGGUGGGCCCAUGUGGAGAUGGGACCCCCGGAUCCCAUCCUGGGAGUCACUGAAGCCUUUAAGAGAGACACCAAUAGCAAAAAGAUGAAUCUGGGAGUUGGUGCCUACCGGGAUGAUAAUGGAAAGCCUUACGUGCUCCCUAGUGUCCGUAAGGCAGAGGCCCAGAUUGCUGCAAAAAAUCUAGAUAAGGAAUACCUGCCCAUUGGGGGACUGGCUGAAUUUUGCAAGGCAUCUGCAGAACUAGCCCUGGGUGAGAAUAGCGAAGUAUUGAAAAGUGGCCGGUUCGUCACAGUGCAGACCAUUUCUGGAACUGGGGCCUUACGGAUCGGAGCCAGUUUUCUGCAAAGAUUUUUUAAGUUCAGCCGAGAUGUUUUUCUGCCUAAACCAUCCUGGGGAAAUCACACACCUAUCUUCAGAGAUGCUGGCAUGCAGCUCCAAGGUUAUCGAUACUAUGACCCCAAGACUUGCGGCUUUGACUUUACAGGCGCUAUGGAGGACAUUUCAAAAAUACCAGAGCAAAGUGUUCUUCUCUUGCAUGCCUGUGCCCAUAAUCCCACAGGAGUGGACCCUCGUCCAGAGCAGUGGAAGGAAAUAGCAACAGUGGUAAAGAAAAAGAAUCUCUUUGCAUUCUUUGACAUGGCUUACCAAGGCUUUGCCAGUGGUGAUGGAAACAAGGAUGCCUGGGCUGUGCGCCACUUCAUUGAACAGGGCAUUAAUGUUUGUCUCUGCCAAUCUUACGCCAAAAACAUGGGCUUAUAUGGUGAGCGUGUGGGAGCUUUCACUGUAAUCUGCAAAGACGCAGAGGAAGCCAAAAGGGUGGAGUCACAGUUGAAGAUCUUGAUCCGUCCCUUGUACUCCAAUCCUCCUCUCAAUGGAGCCCGCAUUGCUUCUACCAUUCUGACUACCCCAGAUUUGCGAAAACAAUGGUUGCAAGAAGUAAAAGGCAUGGCCGACCGCAUCAUUGGCAUGCGAACUCAACUGGUCUCUAACCUCAAGAAGGAGGGCUCCUCCCACAACUGGCAACACAUCACUGACCAGAUUGGCAUGUUUUGUUUCACAGGGCUAAAGCCUGAACAGGUGGAGAGGCUGACCAAGGAAUUUUCCAUCUACAUGACAAAGGAUGGCCGCAUCUCUGUGGCCGGGGUCACCUCCAGCAAUGUUGGCUACCUUGCCCAUGCCAUUCACCAGGUCACUAAGUAAUUUCCCUGGUGUGAAGGAACAGAGACAACCUUUCCAUCUUCAGCCUUUGCUGUUGUGAGCUUCACAUGGAACGAGAGGGAGGGUGGAUGGUGGUGUGUGUAUCAUUUCUUUCAACCACAGCGCAUAAUACUCAGCAACUGAAUGUGUUUCUCAGAAAAGAACAUGUAGCAACAUAGGGCAGAGGCAUUUGUGGCUGGCAUCUGGAACUUUGUGGCUCUAAACCAAACCCUCCCUCAUCCUUUUAUCUCCAACUUUGCUGAAAGAGUUUACAUGUGCAAGAAAGUCAUAGCACCAAAAAAACCUGUCAAUCAUGCCGUUGCAAUAUUUCAGAAGCUUUAACUGAAGUGUCUUGUUUCAAGGGUUCCUCGUGAGAAAUAACACUUGUUAGCAACUUUGAGAGAAGACCUAGUUUUGUCAUUAACGGUUAACCUCAUGUUUGUCUUCUCAUGAUGGAGCAACCUUAUCAACAGACCAUAUUGCAGAAAUUGUGUUUUACCAAUGAGUCUGCUGCCAGUGCAGCAAGGAAAAUAAAAGAUACUUUUUCUUACCUUAUUUAAGAAAAAGAGAAGCCUCACUUUUCUCCCUUGUCAUUGCAGUUCUUUUCCUUAGGCACAAAGAUUUUUAACUAACCUAGAUUUUCAUCCCAUUCUAUUGCUUGAUUGAAUGACAACCCCAUCCUAUCAGAUUUAAGAAUGAAGAACAUAAUUUUCUGCUAAUACCAUACCCUCACCUUUCUGGGCGAAGAAUAGUGGAGAGUCGGUAACUGCACUUUAUCUCAGCGUCCUCUUCAAUGAUUGUGUAAUUUUCUCCUUUUGGGAUAUUGCCUCUACCCCGACGGACCUCCUCCUUUGGUUGAGUGUGGUUGUACAGUCACUUUUCUCACAUCAUGAGUCAGGGUAGUACCAGAAAGGAGGCUAUUGUGGCCUUUGUGUGCUGCCAGUUAGGCUCAGGCUUUACACUUGGGAAAGAUAACCACCACCUGCUCCAAUCAUGUAGACUUACUGCAGCCUGGUUUCUCUGUUACAAUAAAAUUACUGUAGACUCAA